AUGGAGAAGAAGAGUGAAGGAACCUUGGCUAUUAUAUUGCUGGCUUUAAUACAAGGUUUUCUGGCCUCUGGUGCUGUGGAGGUCCAGCCCUCCAUCAACCCUGCUGUAGUCGGGGACACAGUGACACUGUUUCUGUCUCCUCCGGCAUCUCUGAAGAGUGGAAGCUGGGCACUGGGGGAGUCCCUCAUCCUCACCUGGCUGGGGGAACAGCAGGCUGUCUUCCCCAGUCACAACGGCAGGGCUUUGGUCAACAUCCUCACUGGAGCGCUCACUCUGAGCUCCGUCACCGUGGCCGACUCAGGAGUCUACGUGGUGCAGAGCAGUGACCCCCAGCUUAGGGCCAGCGCUUCCAUCACUGUUCUGGAACCCAUUUCAAAUAUAACUCUAAAGGCAAAUCAAGCUGACCUCAUGGAGUUCAACAGCUCAGCAGUCGCUACAUGCUCCGUCUCCUCUGGAUCCUCCCUCUCUUUCCUCUGGCUGAACGGCAGCUCUGAGGUUACAGCCAGUGACAGAGUUCAGCUCACGGAUGGAAACUCCACUCUCACUAUAGUCAGUGUGACCCGCUAUGACCAGGGACCAUUCAGGUGUCAUGUGUUCAAUGCCGUCAGUAAUGGCACCAGUGCUCCAGUAAAUUUUACCAUCAGCUAUGGCCCAGACAACAUGGCUCUCACAGUGAACGAUCAGAACAUGACUUCCCUCUUAGUUGGAUCCAAUCUGACCAUGUUCUGUUCAGCACAGUCCGGUCCUCCAGCUCAGCUUCAGUGGGCUUUCAGAGGAGAGUUUGUCAACACGACAGGUCCGUUGUUGGAGUUGUACAACGUCACCGAGCAUCAAAGCGGUCCAUAUUCCUGUCUGGCCUUCAACAGUCACACCAACAUGAACAGCAAUAUCACCUCACACAUCAUCAUAGCAAAGUCUCCCUUCUCAGGAUCUGAGCAGCAGGCAGUCAGUGGCCGGCCUUUUCCUCUGCUGCUAUUGGUGGGAUUCUUCUUCUCAUGGCUAGGCAAGUAG